GGUGGAAAAGCUCUUGAGUGGCAACGCCGUCUCCACUGCAUGCGCACUGCCCUCGUCUCUCCUUCUACUUGAUCGUGCAUUGUAGCAAUUUCCUGUGCUGCGGACUACUGUGCAGCGAGCCAGCUCGGCGCAACAAGUUUGCAGGAACCGUCGGUGCAGGUGGACUUGUCUCGACUUCAGUGCUGCUCCACUGCGCUCAUCCAUCCGCCGCUGCCUCCACCCUCCCCACCCCACGGAGUCACUCUGCGUGAACGCCGCGUCGCGUCGCAAGCAGGCCGGCAGGCAGGAGGGCACACUUUCACACGCGCAAGAAAAACGCUGUACCAAAACAUUCGUGACUCCGCGCCAAAUGCCCAACAAGCGCGCGUGAGUUCGUACUUCGAUGGAGAUCGCGGAGGCAAGAGGAGCAUCCAAGUGCGCGGAGAAGAUGGAGAAAGAAGUGGCGCCUCAGAAGCGACAACGUUGCCGCACGACGGCGCUGAACAUAAUCUCGUCUUUAUGCUCCGUGGCGUCCAUCGCCUUUUGCAUUCUCCUGAGCAUUGACGCAGCUGACGUUAAGCACCGGGUCGUGGACUUGCAGAGCGGGAAUGACGGGCGAACCCUUAUCCGCGCUCCUGGCUACUCCGUGGAUGAUUUGAAUUCAUUGAUCGACCGCAGAGUGGAUGAGCUGAUCUCUCAGCGCUCCUAUGAGAAUUUUGUCAAGAUUCGGACUGCGCGACAAACAUCCCCCGAAUGCAACUGCCCUCCAGGACCUCCGGGAAAGCGGGGAAGAAGAGGCCGUAAUGGAGAGCCCGGACCUCCUGGUCCCGCAGGUGCCCAGGGUGAAAAGGGGGAUCAAGGCGACCAGGGACCACGGAUGGUCUUCCCUAAGAUCAAUCAUGGCUUUCUUUCCGCUGACCAGCAGCUCAUAAAGCGACGGCUCAUUAAGGGAGAUCAAGGGCAAGCUGGACCACCUGGGCCACCUGGGCCACCGGGGCCUCCUGGGCCAAGGGGGCCCCCAGGGGACACGGGGAAGGAUGGACCCAGAGGUGUACCCGGUCUGGCAGGGGAUCCAGGGCAGCCUGGAGAAACAGGACUCAUGGGACUUGAAGGGCCACAAGGGGAGAAGGGUGUACUCGGACCUCCCGGCAAUCCAGGUGUUGAUGGACUGAAGGGGGAUGUUGGCAUCCCAGGAGUGGACGGUGUCCCCGGAGCCAAGGGUGAAAUGGGAGAGAGAGGCGAAAAGGGCGAUAUGGGUGAAGAUGGACCGAAAGGUGAUGUAGGGGAAAAGGGAGAUGCAGGUUCCUCUGCAGCAGGCAUCAAGGGCGAACCUGGAGAGCCUGGACGAAGUGGACUAAAGGGAGAGCCAGGACUUCCAGGGCUGCCUGGACUCCCAGGGAUAAAGGGUGAGCCUGGGUUCCUCGGCCCCCAGGGAGAGCCAGGGCUUCCAGGACUCCCAGGAACUAAGGGAGAGAGAGGCGACCACGGGCCACAAGGGAAAGGUGAAAGAGGAGAACUUGGACCCCUUGGACCAAAGGGUUCACAGGGAGAGUCCGGCACACCCGGCCCUAAAGGCUCAAAGGGCGAGACCGGAGACAAAGGAGAACUCGGCCCUUCUGGGCCGAAGGGCCCCCCUGGACAGAAAGGAGACCAAGGGGCCACUGAAAUCGUUGACUACAAUGGAAACAUUCAGGAGGCUUUACAGAAGAUUACCACAAUUACAAUCACGGGUCCUCCUGGACCUCCUGGGCCGAUAGGACCGGCAGGUAUAAAGGGGGAUCGCGGUGUGCCCGGUCUGCCUGGACUCGAUGGUGAAAGAGGCUACAAAGGCUCUAAAGGAGACAUGGGAAUGCCUGGAGCCUCAGGAGAGAAAGGGACAACCGGUUUAACCGGCCUACCUGGUGUAAACGGGGUAAAAGGGGACAAGGGAGAUUCAGGUCUGACUGGCCCUCAAGGUUCUUCAAUUGUCGGCUCUCCAGGGGCACCAGGGCCCCAUGGCCCCCCAGGACCUAUGGGCCCCCAUGGUUUCCCUGGAUCAAAGGGUGAACCUGGUAUGCAUGGUGUGAAGGGUAUUCGAGGAGAGGUGGGACACAAAGGGGACCGUGGGCCGCUGGGACUCCCGGGAGCCUCCGGCUUGGACGGCAAGCCCGGAAUUAGGGGCAUGGAUGGGCCUACCGGUGCAGCUGGUCCCGCCGGGCCAAAGGGUGACAUAGGUGAGAAAGGAGUCCCGGGUGAACCAGGACCAAGGGGACCUUAUGGACUACCUGGAGCCGCUGGAACACCAGGCUUGGAUGGGUUACCAGGCUUAAGGGGAGAGAAAGGCGACAUUGGGGAAAGAGGAGAAAAGGGUUUCCGGGGAUUUAAGGGUGAAAAGGGGGAACCGGGUCAGCCAGGUCUGGACGGGCUGGAUGCCCCGUGCCAAUUGGGCCCGGAUGGAUUACCAAUGCCUGGAUGCUGGCAGAAGUGAUCACUCUAACCUGAAACGCAUGGAGUUUGUAAAUAAUGCUUCUUUUAUGGUAUUUAUAGUUUUUUUAAUGGGAAAAAAUAUAUGUAAAAGAAAAGAAGUCUAUGUGUACAACAGAAACAAAAAGAGAUAACCGUCCCGCGCCUCACGCUCUUAGCUGCUUCUACUCACAUCGCCCGUGUGGAAAACCAGAAAAAGACUUGUGUUACCCGCUUUCUCACAUCCACAUCGUGGUUGGAGUUCAGAUCCUUGGCUGGCAGCAGAACUUGGCUCCGUGGUCUUUGCAUGGCUCAGACCGGAGCUCCGCGGCCCGGCCCAGACUCGCAAAGAGUGAAAGGAGGUCGAGGAAGGAGGAAGAGGAGUGGGAUCUGGACUGGCUCUCUAACACCAAACGCUAGGUGUUCUGUGUUGUUUGGUCUCACCAAGCUCGCCGCCUGCUCAUGCAGCACCGUUUUUGAAAAGACACAACAACAAAAAAAAGAAAAGAAAACGAACUGUGCCAAACAGAACAUUGCAACUCUGACCCUGCAAAAGCAUGAGUAGUACUGAAACUAUAUUUAUAUGUACUGUACAUACAUGUCAGUGUUUUGUGGUUGCAUCACGGCUUUUGCGGAGAAGAAAAACAACACUAACAUUAAAAAAAAACAAAAAAAAUACCCAGCUCUAAAUAAGUCAAUUCUGCUUUCCUUUAAUCUCCCCAAGGGAAUCACGCCGUGGCUGGUAGCCUGAACCCCCCCCCCCCACCACCACCCCUGAAAGCAAAGCUGUUGGUUAUUGUUGCUUUAUUGUGGUUUAAGGCCCUGCACGGGGGGGGGGGGGGGGGGGUAUGAUAUCAGCAGGUCUUCACCGUUGCCCUCGUGUGGCUUUAGCGUCCUCGUCUUCAGCGUGGCGCCUCCCACACCCACGUUGAGGGGAGAAGUCAGCAGGCCUCCCCCGUUUAGGAAAACACCUCAGCCCUCACACGGAUUUGAGAUGGGAGGGGCACGCUGCGGAUGCGCUCGGGGGGCCGGGGGGGGGGGGGCCCUUAAAAUGGAUUCUGCGGGAGGGUCCGCUGAGAGCCCCGUCGAUCUCCAUGGAGAUCAGCCGCCCCGCAUCCGGCUGAGCGAACGAGCGAAGGCAUCCACAUUUACAGAGAGCGAUGACAGAAUGCAAACAUGUCCAUUUCUUUCUUCCUUCUGCUCUCAUUCUUUGACAUUGUUUGUAUUUUGUGUAUGAUAGCCUUUGGUGCCUCAAGCUUUUAUUCAUUCCUUUAUCCGAAAUGUUUAACUUUAUAUUGUAUUUUCAAUUAUUGGAAUGGUGUUUAUUUCAGGAGAGUAAGCUAUGUAAGAACAAGUGAGGUGUGGGGAGGGUAUUGAAAUGACACUCACUAUUUUUUUAAAAGGAAUCAUUUUUACACAAUGUUGAAAUAGCAGGGAGGUGACCGCUUCCAUCUCCACUGCCUCUGAUUUUACGGUUUUGAAGAUGCGCAUGUUGUUUGCGUAAAACAUAUCCAGCAUUGUAAAAGAAACACGCCUCUUGUUCAUUCAGGACUUGUUGUGUGAGAUUAUAGUUGUACAGUGUUGUCAAUUCACUGCAUGUACGCAAUCAAUACUUGUGGAUUUCUUAAAUAUUGAAAGCGAGCGUUAAAGGACGCACUGAGCAUUGUUUCAGCGCUGGGGCUCCUUUAGCUCAAACUAAUCGGAUUCAGCCAGACGUACUGUUGCUGUUGUCGGGUCACUUCGAACAGAACAAUCUCUGUGGCAUGAUGAUGCUGCUCUUUCACACCUCAUGUGUUCUUUUAGAAAAAUAUGGAAAACAUGUUUUUCAGUGCAAGAAAAGCUAAAUUUGACAGUAAUCGGUUAACUUCCGUUAUUACACCAUAGUCUAACUGGUGGACAUUUAUGUCACAUUCCAUAUCAGAUGGAGCAAGAAAAAGCAACAAUAAGUUUAUAGUUCAACAUAGUUUAUCCAUUUCAUAUUUCUUACUUUCAAAUUGCCAUUUGACAUAGUAGGUGCUAUGCGAGGUGACAUUUGAUAUAUUUAUUUCUUUGACAUUUUUAACCAGCUAUAAUGAUUUACCGGGGAAGAAACACCAACAUUUUGUUGUGAUGUAGCAGCAACCACAGCGCAAUUCAAGAGGAAUCUUUCCCAUAAGGUUUCUGUUUGAUUGUACAGUUCUUGUACAUCUGUAUAGAUUAUAAUGCUGUCUAACAGAAGGUAAACAACGGCUCAGUUGAUGCGCUCUAUUGGCAUGAACUUCACCACAGGUUUGUUUUUUGUUGGGGUUUUAUUAAUGUAACAAUUUCAAGUGUUUCUGUGCAUAUAUUUGUGUAUUUCUCUCAAUAUUUUACUUGCAAGUCAUUAUUUAUUUUUUUAUAAUUUCCUAAAUGAAGGCAUUUUGGUUCUAAACAGCAUUCCUUUCAGUUGUUUUGGCUUUUGCUCUCAGUUCCCACAACGUCUCUCUUGAUAUUCUGAAGCAUUUUGGAUUAUCCGAAGACGUCACAUAUGAAUUUGCAUUAGUGCUGCAAAUGCAGGAUGGUGAACAUUUACAAAAAGAACCAGACCAGUGUGUAGUCACUGAGCAUUUAAUCCAGAUUAUAUGCCUUACAGUGGUUUGUCUACUUUUAUUUAAUUUUGUUUGUCAAAACGCUAUCUGUGACAACAAAGUAGGCCCGAGUGUUGACAGGCCCUGUGAUCAUCACAGCUUUUUCUCACGUUGUCUCUUCUCUCUUUCUCUCUUUGCAUUGAAUGUAGUUUGAUAUAUGUAUAGUGGAUUAUUAAUGUACUGUUAGACUGUUCUCAUUUGACAAGAAGUGCAAUUCAUACUUCGGUUAAUGUGUGUAGCAUCAUACGCAGCUGAACCAUCACAUCAUUGUGAUUUCUAAUAGCUCUAUUUGAUCAGUCGUGCUGCCCUGUAUACCACUACCUGCUUUAUUGACCAGCAGACAAAGAAACAAAUGUUAACAAGGACCUUUCAUUAAAUCUCAAUUUUUGAUUGGUUGAAAUAUUUCCUCAGAUUCUGUCUCCUCUCCCGUGUUUAAAAAAGGUUGUUUCCAUUACUCAAUAUCUACUACAUUUUUGCAAUGAGUUUUUAUUUGUUUUCAUUUCCAAAUUUUGUUACAGUAUUUCUUUGACACGUUGCUGUACCUUUAGCAUGUGCAGCUCAGUUUUUGUCUUUUGUAUUUUUUUAAAUUCUAUUUUAUUUGUUUUUUGUUAGAUUGAUGUGGUGUUUUUUUUGUUACGUAAAAAACAAAUUACUUCAUUCUGCUUGUCGCAGAUGUGCCAAAAUAUAAUAAUAAUUUAAAAAAAAAAUCCAUAUCAGUAUUAGCAGAGUUCAGGUUAGGCUCCAAAAGUGACUGCAUGAUAAAAAAAAAAGCCACACUAUGUGGGAGUGGGUUGUGUGUCAUUGCAGAAAAGUCACGUCUUGCUCUGAAGAAAAACUAGCUUUACACCCAAAGUCCACUCAUCAACACAUCUUAUAUUGCUGAAAGGUAAUUGAAAAACUUGUGACCAGAAAUACACCGCAGCCUUACUGAAAUAAGUGUUUGCCACAUGCUCUCCGAGAUCAAACGCAGUCCUGGUUCAGGAGCAAAAUAACAGCAAAUUUCACCUUAUGGCUCUCUUUUAAAAUGGCUUUUUUAUGGUUGUGGUAUUUGUUCACUUUGUUCUGUGUUUGUAUUCCUCAGUUUUUUUACCCACUUGAUUGACAUUUCUUUAAAGACCCUGGUGUUCACACGCUAUUAUAUUUCAAGAUGACCUUUCGUAUUACUGUACUGUCAGAGCCAAAUAAACAGUCUUUCAAUUA